CAAUGGAGUACAUGCGAUUCCCGUCGAAGUUGACUGAAGAGGAAAAAAUGUUACAAGCCAAAUAUGCUGUGCUUAAAAAGAAAAAAAAGGUUCUACAAUCAUUGAAGUUACCACAAACAGAGCAGGAGAAAAUCCCUGCCCCUAAAGCGUCCACAGAGCCAAAACUUACAACAAAAGUUGUUAAAAAGAUGGUACAGAUGGGAGUUCUCCCAUCCUUUGCAAGAAAGGCGAGCCAUUCAGAACACACUGGCUUUAAGCGAUCAAUAACUCUAGAGCGCAAGCUCAAUGCUACAAAAAUCUCAUUUGAUGGUUUUGAACAUAGUUCAGACAUGCAACCUCGGCCCAGGCUCCAAAAUAAAAGGAAGAAUGUGUACAAGCCCAGUAUAUCUGUUCAUGACUGGGAAGAAGAAGAUGAAACUGCAGUGCCAAAGAUACCUAGGAUAGAAACAAAUACAAUCUAUAAUGGCAAUACUAUAAAAGUGAAGGGUCAUAAUAUCUCGGAAGAUUACUUGAAAAGGUCAUUCCAGACAUGUGGUAGAAUUGUGAAUGUAGCUAUGGACGAGGAGAAUCAAUGUGGUUUUGUUACUUUUGACAAAGUUGAAGCAGCAAACCGUGCUGUAACAGAGAUCAAUGGCUGUAUGGCAUCAGGGAUACAACUGAAGGUAUCUUUUGCAAAAGAACAUUCACUCAGUUGGUCAUCUAGAGGUACAUCGUUUACAGACUGGUCUAGUAUCAAUGCUGAUAACUCUUCAGAUGAAAAUCAUGAUGAUAAUAGAAAUAUGCUGGUUUAUGAAAAUAAUUUAUUCGAGUAAUUUUUCAUUUGUAAUGAAAUACUAAAAAAAAAAGUAAACAUUACAGAUAAAGCAAUCGUAAUUUUGUUUGUUGUUUUGUCAUCACUUCAAAUAAUUUUU